CGACCGGUAGGAACUAAAGUGUGUUGUUCCUACCCGAGCAGUAAAGACUUCAGCACUGACGGUCACUGACAACAGUCACGGUGUUGUGGAUUAACUAGUGUUUUAUGAUAUUACCAUGUACUCGAAUAAGUUGAGCCGCCUCGUGUUAGGGCUUUACAGGCGUAAAGCAGUAGCUGUGUGCGGUGUGGUGGUGCACAGUCCCGCGGGCCGGAGCACAUUCAGCUGGGCUGCGGUGUGUAAACAGCGGACACUGUGGCUACAGAGGAGUGCCAGUCUGGAGCUCCGUCUAACCAGCACUCGAUCAGCCUCCCAAACCACAGUGGACCCUGAUGAGGUGAAGAAGUUCCAGUCACUGGCCAGCAAGUGGUGGGAUGAACAGGGAGAAUUUGGCGCUCUUCAUGCCAUGAAUGACCUGAGGGUGCCUUUCAUACGAGCUUUAAUGAGGAUGAUGCAUGCCCAGACCUCGGCCUGUUCUGCAUGCUUCAUGCCUGAGGCAGACAGUCAUCAGACAGUGUGUGAGGGAAGGAAGGAGGAAGGUAGGGAGGACAGAAGGAACACAGGAGCGAGGGAUAAUCUGCUGAAUGUGCACAGAGCACGUCAUCCAGGGAAACCACUUGCUGGACUCAGAAUACUGGAUGUCGGCUGUGGAGGCGGCCUGCUCACAGAGCCCCUUGGUCGCCUGGGAGCUGAUGUGGUGGGUAUAGAUCCAGUAGAGAACAGCAUCGGCACGGCACAGCUGCAUGCGUCCUAUGACCCGGAUCUUCGUGAGCGGGUCUGCUACCGGGUCUGCACCCUGGAGGAGCUCUCAGCAGAGGAGGAGGAGGGAGGAGAGGAGGAGGAGGAGCAGAGAUCGGGCCAGUUCGAUGCAGUUGUAGCGUCCGAGGUGGUGGAACAUCUGGCCGACUUGGAAACGUUCGCCUUCUGCUGCAGCCACGUGCUGAAGCCAGGCGGCUCUCUCUUCAUCACUACUAUUAAUAAGACCAACCUGUCAUACGCGCUGGGUAUUGUUGUAGCUGAGCAGCUGCUGCGUAUCGUUCCCAGUGGGACACACGACUGGGAAAAGUUCAUCAGCCCUGUGGAACUGGAGCGCCUCCUGGAGUCCAAUGGUUUCUCAGUGCAGUCUGUCCAAGGAAUGCUGUACAACCCAAUAUCUGGAGCCUGGAGCUGGACUGACAGCACAGCCAUCAACUACGCCCUCCACGCUGUCAAACUGACAGAAGAUCCCCAGCCAGACCCCCACCCAGAGGACCCAGCCCACACUGCUGCCACACACAGCUGAGCCACGAGUCUGGAGAAGAAGUCAGAAAAUGGAGGCAAAAAAAAAAAAAACAGAUGUGCGGAGUCCCAAACUUUCCUGAAGCCAGCUGUGAUACAGCAUAUGAGACUUAUUCAAGGAAAGAGACAAAGACAUGUACUACAGUUGCUGGUUUUGCAGGAUUAGGAUUGAUGUUCAUAUCACUCUUUUUCCAAUAUAUUUAACUGAAUCAGUUUGGUCAUUUCAGCUGAAUUUUAUGUGAUUUGCUUUAUCUUCUAUUAAAACGAUGCUUUCAUCA